GAACGAAGGCUAAUCACGGUGGAUUGGUAAUUUAUUGCGUCGAUAAUUCAAGGGAAUAUUUCGGAUUAAAUUUAUUUCUAUUUUGAUGCAUAAUCGAAAAUAUUUUAAAAUGUGUGCGCGUUUAUUAAUUUGCACGAUUAUGUUGAUCGCAGCGAAUCAAGCAAAUGCUGUGAUGACAAUGGAACAAAUUGAAAAAGCCGCGCUGAGUAUGCGAAAUACGUGUACAUCGAAAUCUCACGCAGACGCCGGAGCUGUUGCAGGAAUACAAAAAGGCGAAUUUCCAGAUGACAAUCAACCAUUAAAAUGCUAUACACUAUGUAUAAUGAAAACAAUGCGAACUUUCAAAAAUGGACGCAUAGAUGAUGGCAUGAUGAUUAAACAAAUGGAUCUGAUGAUGCCACCUGACAUGGCAGGUCCUUUAAAAGUGUCUUUGACUAAAUGUGCAGCAGAACCACCUGCUGGAGAUGAUUGCGAAACAACUUAUCAAUUUGUAAAAUGUAGCUAUCAAACAGAUCCGAAUCACUUCUUCUUUCCUUAACCAAUAUCAAACGUAAAUAUGGAAACAGAAUAUGAUAUAUUAUAUAUAAUGAAAAGUGUAAUUACGUUUAGCGUUAUGUAAAAUUGUAUUAAUUCCAAUUCUUUGUGUCAAGACAAUUCGGUAAUAAUCGUUAAUAAAUUUGUAAACUGAUAGAUUUGUAAAAUGAUAGGACAAGGUGCAAUAUACAAAACUAUACUCGUAUAAA